CUCCCAACCCUACGCCGUCGUCCUACUUCGCACGCACUCCCUACCGUCUUCUCCUGCCUUCGCCUCGCUUCUGUUCCCGCCGGCCGCCGCGGAUUCUUCUUACACGAAGCCCUAGCUAUAGCCAUGGCCGGGAGGGGGAAGGCGAUCGGUUCGGGUGCUGCCAAGAAGGCCAUGUCACGGAGCUCCAAGGCCGGGCUCCAGUUCCCCGUGGGGAGGAUCGCGAGGUUCCUCAAGGCUGGCAAGUACGCCGAGAGAGUCGGCGCCGGAGCGCCGGUCUACCUCGCCGCCGUGCUCGAGUACCUGGCUGCUGAGGUUCUUGAGCUCGCUGGGAACGCCGCGAGGGACAACAAGAAGACCCGCAUCGUGCCGCGCCACAUCCAGCUCGCCGUCCGCAACGACGAGGAGCUCUCCCGCCUGCUGGGCACGGUCACCAUCGCCAGCGGCGGCGUCAUGCCCAACAUCCACAACCUGCUCCUCCCCAAGAAGGCCGGCGGCGGUAGCGCCAAGGCCGCGGCCGGUGACGAGGACUAGAUCCUGACGACCUUCCGGUGACCGCUUCUUGUGGAUGAUGCUGUACCAGUUGUGUAGUGCGUUCUAGUCAGCCUAGGUGUUGCGUUCUAGCGGGUUGUUAUUGUGGUUGUACCGGUGCCAAACUAAGUUUUUACUCUAGUGUGCGUAAGGAUUUGUUAUUCUGUAUCCUGUAGCUACGUCUCUAUAAAAGGUGCAUCUUUCGAUGACUGGUUAAUCUAAUCUGUUGUUCUAAUUCUCAA